AGACAUUCCCGAUCGCGCAUUUCCCUGGAAGGCGCGAACGGCGCCCUUGCACACACUGUUUAGACCCGCUGGCUGAGCCGGGCAGCCCCAGCCUAGGCCUUGACUCCCGCUGCCUGAUGAGGGGCAAUAAACCAGAACCAAAGUCGCCUCCCGGUGCUUUUGUGGGGCGCUGCCGGGCGCCUCCGGGGCCCUGUGGGGUGGGGACAAAGGAAAAGAGGCAUGCGGAAAGGGUAAGGGAGCGUAGACCAUUUAUGCAAAUGACAGGCAAAGCCGCUUGCAAAUAACCUGGCGAAGCGCUAAGGCGCGCGAGUCUUUGGGGCGGGAGGAGGAGCUGCAGGGUUCCAGCGAGGACAGAGUUAAGCCCGACUCCUUUCCUGCCCUCGGAAAAGGCGGUGGGGCCGAGCUGCGACGGAAAUAGCCGAGCGAUUGGCCGACAGGAGCCGAACUUCUUCCGGAAGUAGCCGAUCUGCGGGGUCUCGCUCUCCGACCUGAGCCGAGCAGUGGGCCUUGUUCUCCGGAUCGGCCGAAGGUGUUCCGGAAGGAGGCGAACCCUGAGGCGGGCCCGGCAAGCCUUCCCCGCGGCCGGCAGAGCCCAACGACUAGUGGGACUCCGCGGGGGCGGGGGUAGCUGGAGCCUGGCUCUGGCCUGGCAGGAGCCGAGCUCGUUCCGGAAGAAGCCGAGCGGACGGGGGCCAGCCUCAGCGUCCCGGGAGUGAGGCGAUAGCUGCGGCGGCGACAGCGCGGGCCGGGAUGAACCGCGACGGCUGAGACAGCGGAGGUGCCGGCUGCGCGGGCCCCAGUGAGACUCCCUCGAAGCGCCAGCCCACCGUUCGGGGCUUUGCCUCGAGCCGAGCCCUGCCCCCGCGAGCCUCCCGGACCCCUUUGUGCGGCCGGAGGCGGCGGCGGGAACGGCCAUGGCGGCCAACAUGUACCGGGUGGGAGAUUACGUCUAUUUUGAGAACUCUUCCAGCAAUCCUUACCUGGUUAGACGGAUUGAGGAGCUCAACAAGACUGCAAAUGGAAAUGUGGAGGCAAAGGUUGUCUGUCUUUUCCGGCGCAGGGACAUUUCAAGUAGCCUCAACAGCCUGGCUGAUAGUAAUGCCAGGGAAUUUGAAGAGGAAUCAAAGCAGCCAGGGGUGUCUGAGCAGCAGCGCCAUCAACUGAAGCACCGGGAACUUUUUCUUUCUCGGCAAUUUGAAUCAUUACCAGCCACCCACAUACGGGGGAAAUGCAGUGUGACCCUCUUGAAUGAGACAGAUAUCUUGAGCCAGUACCUGGAAAAGGAGGACUGCUUUUUUUACUCACUGGUGUUUGACCCUGUGCAGAAGACACUUCUAGCUGAUCAGGGCGAGAUUAGAGUUGGUUGCAAAUACCAAGCUGAGAUCCCAGAUCGCCUAGCAGAGGGAGAAUCUGAUAAUCGGAACCAACAGAAGAUGGAGAUGAAGGUCUGGGACCCAGACAACCCUCUCACAGACCGGCAGAUCGACCAGUUUCUCGUGGUGGCCCGAGCUGUGGGAACCUUUGCAAGAGCCCUAGAUUGCAGCAGCUCCAUUCGGCAGCCAAGCUUGCACAUGAGUGCAGCUGCUGCCUCCCGAGAUAUCACCCUGUUUCACGCCAUGGAUACCUUGCAAAGGAACGGCUACGACCUGGCUAAAGCCAUGUCGACCCUGGUACCCCAGGGAGGCCCGGUGCUGUGUCGGGAUGAGAUGGAGGAAUGGUCAGCCUCAGAGGCCAUGCUAUUUGAGGAGGCCUUAGAGAAGUAUGGGAAGGACUUCAAUGAUAUUCGCCAGGAUUUUCUACCCUGGAAGUCACUUGCCAGCAUAGUCCAGUUUUAUUACAUGUGGAAAACCACAGACCGGUAUAUUCAGCAGAAAAGAUUGAAAGCUGCUGAAGCAGACAGCAAACUGAAACAGGUCUACAUCCCCACCUACACUAAGCCAAACCCUAACCAGAUCAUUUCUGUGGGUUCAAAACCUGGCAUGAAUGGGGCUGGAUUUCAGAAGGGCCUGACUUGUGAGAGUUGCCACACCACACAGUCUGCUCAGUGGUAUGCUUGGGGCCCACCUAACAUGCAGUGCCGCCUCUGUGCUUCCUGUUGGAUCUACUGGAAGAAAUAUGGGGGACUUAAGACCCCAACUCAGCUUGAGGGGGCCACUCGGGGCACCACGGAGCCACACUCAAGGGGUCAUUUGUCCAGACCUGAAGCUCAAAGUCUCUCUCCUUACACAACCAGCGCCAACCGGGCCAAGCUACUGGCUAAGAACAGGCAAACUUUCCUGCUUCAGACCACAAAGCUGACCCGUCUUGCCAGACGCAUGUGCAGGGACCUAUUACAGCCAAGGAGGGCUGCCCGACGGCCUUAUGCUCCUAUCAAUGCCAAUGCCAUCAAAGCAGAGUGCUCCAUUCGACUUCCUAAGGCCGCCAAGACUCCAUUGAAGAUUCACCCUCUGGUGCGGCUGCCCCUGGCAACUAUCGUCAAAGAUCUGGUGGCCCAGGCACCCCUGAAACCAAAAACACCUCGGGGUACCAAGACACCGAUCAACAGAAACCAGCUGUCCCAGAACCGGGGACUGGGGGGCAUUAUGGUGAAACGGGCCUAUGAGACUAUGGCAGGGGCAGGGGUUCCUUUCUCUGCCAAUGGAAGGCCUCUGGCUUCAGGGAUUCGUUCAAGCUCACAGCCAGCAGCCAAGCGUCAGAAACUAAACCCAGCUGAUGCCCCCAAUCCUGUGGUGUUUGUGGCCACAAAGGAUACCAGGGCCCUACGGAAGGCUCUGACCCAUCUGGAAAUGCGGCGAGCUGCUCGCCGACCCAACUUGCCUCUGAAGGUGAAGCCAACGCUGAUUGCAGUGCGGCCCCCUGUCCCUCUACCUGCACCCUCACAUCCUGCCAGCACCAAUGAGCCUAUUGUCCUGGAAGACUGAGCACCGGUGGGGAAGGGAGGUGGGCUGAGAGGUAGAGGGUGGAUGCCCAGGGCACCCAAACCUCCCUUCCCUUUCGUGUCGAAGGGAGUGAGGAGUGAAUAAGGAAGAGAGCAAGUGAGUGUGUGUCCCUGGAGGGGUUGGGCGCCCUCUGGUGUUACCACCUCGAGACUUGUCUCAUGCCUCCAUGCUUGCCGAUGGAGGACAGACUGCAGGAACUUGGCCCAUGUGGGAACCUAGCCUGUUUUGGGGGGUAGGACCCACAGAUGUCUUGGACAGUUUUGGGGGGAGGGUUUUUUAAUUUUUUAAAAAUUUUGCCUCCCUUUGUGAAAGGGGAUGGGGAGGGGAAGAGUAAACAGAUAACAGGUGGUGGUACCUGGUUGGGGGAGGGGGGCGUGCACUGCCAUGUCUUUUUUUUUUUUUUUUUCCUAAUUGGGGGUUUCUCUUUCUGUCCGGUGUCCGGACUUUCCUAAUUGGAGUUUGAGGCCCCUAAGCUGGCAUCAACCCCAGGCCACGCUCGCUCUUUCCUUCCCUCCCCUCCCCCUCCGCCUUUUGUACGCCAGUUCUCAGAAAUAAAGAUCUUUUGUCCGUUUUUUUAACCUCGGAUUCUGUAAUUGGUUCUUAUAGUAACAAAUAAAAAGCUGUUUUCUUCA